UUCAAAACGAGAGUCUGCUCGGGUCAAAUUUUGUACUUCGUAGUAGAUAAGAUAUUGUAAAGAUAACGACGUCGUAUUAACAUUUGCCCUCUUUCAUCCCAAAAGCUUGCAAUUUUGCAGAUGCAGCUUCCUAAAGCUCCACUCCGAAACUCCCACUUCGAAACGUUUCGAACAAAGUAAAUCGUUGGGGUUAUGGCUGCCGUUUCGAAACACGGCGAACUGAAGCAGAGCCACGUGUCCGAUCGCCGGAAAAUAGGCUGGUUUCUGGAAAGUAUCGGAAAAUAUGCCGUCGAUUUUUCCGUUAAUUUGUCAACAAAAGGAAAAAAAGGUCUCCUGCAGUUGCAUAAAACAGUGCAAGAAGACUUGAAAGACCGAAGCUCCUUGAAAGUGUGCAACUACCAGGAGAAUCAGAAGCCUGACAGUGACACUAUGUUGAGUUCAGAAAAGGAGAAUACCAAGAUGGAGAAGAUGCAGAAAGAGAUGAAUGCAAUGAAGCUGAAGAAUGAAAUGUCUUCAGAGAUACUGGAGCCAAGCUCAUUUAAAAGGAUUCCUCCUGAGCAGGUGGAUAAAAAAACCCUUCUGAUGCCUAACAGGAAAAGGAUUAUGAUACGCUCCCGUCUAUGAGCCAGACCUUAUGAAUCACUCAGUAAUGUAUGAUAGUAAAUAUCACAUAGUUGCUUCCGUGUGUUAGAUCCGAGAUUUUAUUGUUAUGUCACGAUAUUGGACAAGAUAAAAGGCCUACAGAAGACUAAUAUUAAAUGUAUUAUGUACGAAGUAUAUUUUAAAGCCUCAGGAUGUGUAUUGGCUUCUGGUAAUUUGUGUUAUACCUUCUAAAAUAAUCUGUGAGGUUUGUAUUCCUUGUAUGUGUACAUUUUUUUUAAAAAUACGAGUAAGUAGAAAUGGAAUAUAUAAUUUUGGGAUUGACGUUAGGUUGUAGACCUGCACUUGAAAAGAACACACCCUUCAAAGCGAAUAGAUUGUACAUAUUUGGUGGACAACCACCAAAUAUGAAAUCUUGGUUCCUAACCGAUCUCAUCUUGCGUGUUGGCUAAUGGGUAUGACUAUUUAUCCUAUCUUAUGUAAGCUAGUGAUCCCUUUUUUUUAUGACAGAUUUGACACCAACUCAAUGAAAGGAGUUAAGGAACUCACUGGAAGUGUCUGAUUUUCUAAAUACUUCUUAACAUACCAACUAUUUAUUUCACUCGAUGCUUUGCCAUCUAUUUUACCUCUCCUUCCUGCAUGUGAAAGAAGCUACGAAAAUGACUGCUUGGUUUGGAGCAACUCGUCAAGCUGCUCAGCUGACUCGCCUCUCCUCCUCUAAACUCGCCGGUGCUCCUCCUUUCAUACAACGGCGAGGUUUCUCUAGCGGUGGCGAUCAUCAUGGCCCUCCGAAAGUGAACUUUUGGCAGGACCCUCUAAGCCCAUCGAGAUGGAAGGAAGAACAGUUUGUCAUUGUUUCUCUGGCUGGUUGGGGCACACUAUUCUAUGGAAGUUACAAGUUCUUCGUGAGAGACAAAAAAGAAAAGAAAGACGAGGUUAGCCAUGUUUAUUGUUGCUGUCUUGACAAUGCCUCAUCACUCCCAUUUCCAAAAAAACAAGAAAUGGGAAACAGCUUCCAACUUCUAAGAUUCUUAAAACUUUCAAGUUUAAACACAUUGUUUUAUGUAUAUGUCAGCUUUUAGUCCCGAUGUAGAUAAAGUACAUUGUUCAUGUAGUAGAAUGGCACACUCAGAGCUGAUGUUCUUCGUAUAGUCCUGUUAGCUGCACACCUAAGUAAAUAGGGUUCUUCCUCUCAAAUAAAAUGAAUAUGAAAGUAAGUAGGAUUCUUGGAAGGGAAUUGGGAUGGCAAAGUCUUAGUUGAAUACAGUAACUUAUUUGGAGAUUAGGUUGACUAAAUCAAUUUUGAAGUGUUGUUUUAGGAGCACUUUUUUUCUAUGUUAGUGCAAGAUGGUCUUGCCUGAACUUGCUCUUGACCAAUUAGCAAGUGUUUGGUUCUCUAGUUGUUGAUGAAAUUUUAUGUUAUUGUUCUGUUUAUCCAGUAACCUUUGAUUUGGGAUUUAUUGAUUUUUUUGUCGAGAAUAAUUACGAGUAUACUUGUCUUAUGAGACUAUGAGCGGGAGAGAGGGUAGUUUCUUUAUAGUCGUCUGUUAAAAAUUUUCGGUGGAGUUAGUUCCUUAAUGGGGGUUGGCUUCCUUAAAUUGGUGAAUGAAGCUUAUUUUCUUUUGCUCUCUGAUUAUAGGUUAGGUUAAUACAAGUAUGUCUUAUUGUUAGUUUUGUCAUAUAAAGAUUUUUCUUCCAUUCAAUGACACUCGGUCUAGAUACAAUACUCUUCUACCCCCCCCCCCAGUUCCUCUAAUUAGUUGUACAAAAUUAUAAAUGUUCAUCCUCACUUGUCUAUCCUUCAUUGUCUUUUGCAUAAUGUUGCGGAUUCACCUAAGUGAGACAUUGACGUAUAUUGAACAUAUAAAAAUUCAGGCGGUCACAUAGGGUGUAAUUAACAGAAGCUAGUGUUGUACCAUCUCUGUUUCCAUUGUUUGGGCUUUCACUUGCGUAUCAUGUUAUGUGCAUCAUACAUUAUCUAUUAAGGACAUGAUAACAUCUUUUUAGAAGGGUUUGUGUGUUAAUGUGUUAUGAAUAUAUUUUCUUGAGCAAUUCCAUGGAAAAUUGGAAAUUAUCACUUUUGGAGAAAGUUAUAUAUAUUUUUCUUUGAUAAGUUCUGUCCUUCUACCAAAACGAAUGUAAAGAAGUAAAGAUUACAGCCU